AUGUCUAGCCGACGACGGCACCAAGACUACGCGAUCGGGUGGAUAUGCCCUCUGGCGGUGGAGCAGACCGCAGCCUUGCUGAUGUUGGACGAAACGCACGAUCGCCUCUCCCAACAGCCAGCUGACCAAAAUGUCUACACGCUAGGAAGCAUUGGUGGCCACAAUAUCGUGGUUGCAGGGUUACAUCAAGCCGGCAACAGUCCGGCCGCCACUGUUGUCACUCAGAUGCGAAACACUUUUCCGAACAUCCAUUACGUUCUCCUGGUCGGUAUUGGAGGCGGCGUCCCAGUGAAAACGGAGAGUGGUUGGGUUCGACUGGGAGAUGUGGUCGUUAGCAAACCAGUUGGGGAAUAUCCCGGGGUAGUGCAAUAUGACACUGGCAAAGCGGAAGUCGGUCAGUUCAAACGCAUUGGAGCUCUGCCUCCACCUCCAGUGGUUCUUCUGCAGGCGGCACAAGACAUGGAGGUAAAGCGGGUCCUUCUGAGGGCGCAGGACGACCCAAUUGCAAAGGCCUUAGAACGCAUCCCCAACGAUAUACCUGCUUUAGGAAAGUAUCUAUACCCGGGCCCUGCACAAGAUCGCCUCUACUACAAUGACUACACCCAUAAGGAACCCGGCAUACCUUGUGAUGAGUGCAAGUGUGAUCCUGCGAGGCUCAGGCUGCGUGACGACCCUAGCAAUACGAACCACAAUUACGUUCGUGUUCACAGAGGUGUAAUUGCUUCGGGUGGGAUGGUGAUUAAGGAUGCCAACAAGAGAGACGAAUUAGCAGUGAAGUACAGCGUUUUGUGCUUUGAAACGGAGGCUGCAGGAAUUCUGGCCGACCUGCCUGCCUUGGUGAUCCGUGGAGUCGCAGACUACUGUGACUCUCAUAAGAAUGACCAGUGGCAUGGGUACGCUGCAACUACUGCUGCAGCAUACGCUCGCCAGCUGAUUCUCCAUAUGCCAACAUAUAAUACCCGGAGGUCGUACAGUGAUGAGGUGCCAUCCAAUAACUCAGUGGUUAACACAGCAUCGCCUAGUCAGAUCAUCCCUUUGGCGCAUUUAUACCAGCAGAUGCAAACACUGAGAUUAACGGCUGCUAGGCUUCAGCCAUCCGUAAGCGAUCAGCGGAAGGAGCUCGCUGCGUGGAUUGGUGGCACGAUGACAGAUGACGAGUAUCACGCAGCUCUGUCUGUGCAAAUGGCUGGCACAUGUCGUUGGAUCUUAGAGCGCACCCAGUUCAAGGUAUGGGCAGCCUCCGCCUCCGAAGUCUCAAAGGUACUGUGGAUUCGUGGCGGUCCGGGAUGUGGGAAAACUGUUUUAACUGCCAGCAUCAUCCGACAUGCCACCAGUUUGCCCACUGGAUAUCCACGCCCAGCAGCAUAUUUCUUCUGCACCCACGAGGAUGAGCGAAAGCAAGACCUAAACGAAAUAGCACGUUCCUGGGUUCGGCAGAUAGUGGACAAAGUGGAUGACGCAGUAACGAUAGCACAUCCGCUAUGCGAGGAGAACAAAUCGCGUGGAGCCACCAUGAUGGAAGUAUGGGAGAUAUUGUACCGAAUCUGUCAUGGUGUGGAUAAUUGUAUGCUCUUUCUGGACGGGCUUGACGAGUGUGUAAUGUCAGGUGGUCCAUGGCAUCAGGAUAAGGAAAGCUUUCUUGCACGUCUAUGGAGCACAAUAGGUGGAACGACGGCUAGAGUCCUCAUAUCCAGCAGAGGUGAUGCAGACAUCCAUUCCCAAUUUCUCUCAGCCCGUCAGGAUACCAUCACCUUCCUUGAGUACAGCAUCGCGCUUGAGGACACGACACAGGAUAUCAUUGACUACUCAACUCGCGUUGUUAGCGAGAGACUCGGGGUAAACAAAGACCAGGCCUUUAUUCAUGAGAUCUCCAAGGAUGUGGCUCGCAAAUGUGAUGGCAUGUUUCUGUGGGUACGGCUUAUGGGGAGACAGCUUUCGCCUGGGAAAAAUAAGCAUCAGAUUCGGCGCACACUGGGUAGUAUGCCACAGGGUUUGGAGAAGACGUAUCAAAGAGAGAUACAGUCCAUUCUGAAUCUCAGCGUUAGUGAAAAGGUGCGAGCUACUAGGAUCCUCCGGUGGACCUAUUUCGCUGCCCGUCCCCUCACCGUGCGAGAGUUAACAGAGGCACUACUUACAGAAGCCAAUUCCUUGAACACAUAUCCAUUCGAUGAGAUGCCGGAUGCAUGGGACGAAUACUACGUCAACGAUCAAAUACGGAAAUACUGCCAGUCGCUUAUCGAUAUACGAGGCUCUGCAACAUCUAGCAUCGAAAUGCAUACCGUUCACUUCAUACACACAUCUGUGAAGGAAUAUCUAUCCCAGACCGGCAUAUGUGCGAUGGACCAAGAUUUCCCCUUCUCAGAGGCGGCAAAACAGCACGAGUUACUGGGUAGAACUUGCCUCACGUACCUUUGUUUCGAUGAGCUGACCACGAGUGAUCCGUAUGACGUCGAUAUUCUACACGAUAAGAAGGAGACGUUUCGGUUUUUAGACUAUGCAUCCUUAUUUUGGUACGGUCAUGUGGUUCGACAUGGCAAUUGCCUUCAGAGAUUAGAACGGUCCAUUCGGUUGUUGUUCGAUCCAUCCUCGACCCGCUGGAUUAUGUGGUCAGAACUGGUCAGCCAAAAGAUAUGGCCAGCGUCUACCCUGCAUGAAAUCAAGGAAGGUAACAGGCCUACUGCUCUCCAUAUAGCAUCAUGCCUUGGCUUACUGGAUACGGUGGAAUGGCUCCUCUCCCUUGGCUCGGAUCUUGAUGCGACGGCAUGGAGAUUCGGCUCAGCACUGCAUUCUGCCGCUGGACAGGGCCACAGGGAUACCGUUCAGUUGCUGCUGACAAAAGGCGCUCAUCCGAAUAAGCAUGGUGGUCUGUUUGGCUAUCCUAUUGUGGCAGCUGCUGCUGCGGCCAAGCAUGAUUCACGCAAGUCAGCAGAUAUCGUCCACAUGCUUCUUCAAGCAGGUGCGGAGAUUUCCUGCCGUGACCGAACAGGGCGUAGUGCGCUUCAUUAUUCUGCAGCUGUGGGAUCUGCAGAAUCUGUAACUAUACUUCUUCAACACGGUGCCACUAUCGACGAUCGUGAUGAUCACCAACGGACGCCGCUGUUUUUGGCCGCAGCGCACGGCCAUCGGUUAGUCACAGAACUUCUGAUCAAGCGUGGCGCUGAAGUGUCGAUCAGAGACGUAGAUAGCCGAACACCGCUUUUUGCUGCUAUUCAAAAUGGCCAUUUGCCCAUUGUUGAGAUUCUGGCUCAAUAUGAUAUCAAUGUCAAGACACAAGACAAUGCUGGCCUUACACCGCUACAUAUUGCGGUAAAGUUAGGUCACCAGCAGAUGGUUGCUCUUCUGCUCCGUUGUGGAGCGGAUGCAAAUGCAGUAGAUCAGGAUGGGAUGACGCCGAUGUUUUUCGCAGCGCUUGGCGGGGACAAAACAAUUGUUCACGAUUUGAUCCAACACAGGGCACAAAUCAAUGGCAAGACCUCCCUUGAGGCAUGGACACCCUUGCACGCAGCCUGUGCGAUGGGGAACGAGGCCACCACCGUACUUCUGCUAGAAAAUGGAGUGGAGGUGGAUGCUGCUGACAGUAAUGGACAUACCGCCCUGUUUUACGCUGCUGGGAAGGGCCUUCCGGCUACUAUUGAAAUUCUUAUUCAAUACAAUGCGCAGGUAAACGCAACUCAAAAACAUGGCCUGACUCCAAUAUAUGUCGCGAUUGCAGGAGUACAGCCGUUGGCUAUCGAGGCACUAAUAAAAUAUGGAGGAUCUAAUCUUAUAAGCGACCAGUGUGCCUCUCUUCGUGGGUAUACACCGUUGAUGGUUGCAAUGCUGAUUGACGAAUUUCGCCCUGUUGUCCCUCCACUGGUUAGAGCCGGCCUGUGGGUGAACUCUCACGCUGAUUCCGGAUUAACACCUCUGCACUUAGCGACGCAAAUUGGGGAUUUGGGAAUGCUUGAACUUCUCUUGCAGCAUGAUGCCGCCGUGAAUGCUAUGACGAACGGAGGUUGGACGCCAUUGCAUCUGGCCGUGAGCGAGGGGAGAACGGACAUUGUUCAGUUAUUACUGGACCAUAAUGCGGAUGUAAAUGCAGAAAGAAACGAGGUCACGCCAAUAUAUCUAGCUAUUGAGAACAAAGACGUGCUUACUACUGAGGCGCUGGUCCGCUCUGGGGCAGAGGCAGACGUGCCGCUGGCGGCGGCAAUCAAGCAAAGUGAUGAAGAUAAAGUUCGAUUUAUCCUCCAGCAUGGACCUGACAUUGGACGGGAAUUUUUGAUCUAUGCGAACCGUUAUGGACAUGAUCAGAUUGUGCAGCUUAUGGUGCAUUACUUUCUUUCAAAGGACACUGUUGACUAG